AUGUUGUCUAAAAACAAAAAUGUAUCAAAUUAUCGAACCAAAGAUGUUAUACAUAAUUAUGUUAAUUUUAUUAAUAUUGAACCCACAAGUAUUGGAGAGUCCGGACAGUCUUAUAAAGCAACGUUUAAGAAAUCUAAUAUAACUGUUACCUUAAAACCCAUUGCUAUACCUCAACAAGUUUCUCUAAAAGAACUCGUUAAAGAGGUUGACCAAUACCGAAAUAUUAAAUGUCAUGAUAAUAUUUUAAAAAUUUUUGGAUUAACUAAGCCGGAUUCAAACAAAUAUAUGUUGAUUUUUGACUAUGCCGACGAUGGAACUCUUCGCCAGUAUUUGGAAAUAAAUUUUAAGUUGAUGAGAUGGAGAGAUAAAUUAUUAUUUUCCAAACAGAUUGCAAACGGGAUUAAGCAUUUGCAUUCAAAUAAUAUUAUACAUGGGCAUUUGAAUUCUGAAAACGUCCUUGUUCAUAAAGGAAGCAUUAAAAUAUGUGGCUUCUCAUCCAAAAUUUUUAUGAAACAAAAUCAAUAUCAACAUUUACUUUCUUUUGUUCAGUACUUUGAUCCUCAAUAUUUGCAAAAUCCAAAAAUCUAUAGCUUAAAUCAAAGCUCUGAUAUAUACAGUGUUGGUGUACUUUUAUGGGAGGUCUCUAGUGGUUCUAUUCCAUUUGAGUCAGAAUCGCCAUUUGGAUACAAUUGUUUACUUGAUAUUAUACAUGGGAAAAGAGAAACAGAAAUUACUGGAACCCCUCGAGAAUAUUCCUCGACCUACAAAGAUUGCUGGAAUAAUUAUCCGAAUAAACGUCCAAAUAUUCAACAAGUUGUUACACGUCUAAAUAAAAUAAAUGAAAUAAUGAUCGAAGAGUUAGAUUAUAUUCAUAUAGAACAAAACAAGGAUCUAUAUAAUCAAGGUUCAACAAAUAAAACUGACGAUUGGCAUUUAGUUAUAGGAAAAUUACUUCAAUUCUUUAUAUCACAAUUUAAUGCAACCACUAAUUCUGCUCAAAUAACUAAUAGUUUAAUUAAUUAUUUUGAAGCCAAUCAAAUAGAUCCAUUUUUAAUAUUUAAUCAACUUGCUUAUCAAGAUUAUAAUUUUAGUAUGAUCGGCUAUUUUCAUGAACAUGGUAUCGGUACUGAUGUUGAUUAUCAAAAGGCUCUCUGGAUGUAUAAAUUAUCUUCAGAAAAUGCUGCUAAACUAGAUGAUUCUUCUUUAAUAGGUUAUUUGAAUAUCAACAAUUACAUUAUUGGAAAAAUUUCUCUUGGAUUAUUAUAUUCUGCUGGAAAAGGCGUUAUGAUCUGA